AUGGCUGCACCUCUUGAGAAGACGGUUCAAGACUUCAAUGGUUCGUGGGUGAUGAACAAAAAGGAAUCCGGCAACACCGACGCCAUUCUCGAACUGCAGGGUUUUGGUUGGCUCCUCCGUCGGGCCAUCCGUAUCGCAACCGUCACCCUUAUUUGCAAACAGUACAAGGACGAAAAUGGCCUUGAGCACAUCGACAUCGACCAGAUCACCACUCCAAGCCUUCCGGGUAAGAAGGAGACUCCCGAGGAACGCGUUCUCGACUGGGAAUGGCGUGACAGCGUGAACGGAGUCUUCGGCAAGGUCAAGGGUCGCACCCGCCGGAUUACGUUGGCCGAUCUCCCCGAUGAUGAGGACGGCAAGUUCAUGAAAGAAGGCUGGGACGAGAGCACCAUCGAGGGCGGUGACCUGAUCGAAACCUUUGUGGAGAACCAGGACAGCGGCUGGACGGCCAACCAGACCUGGGGCUUCGAGCUUAAAGACGGAGUAAGGAAACACACGAGACACGUCGUCGUCAAGGCCGGGGAAAAGGUCCUGAGGGAGAAGUUGGUCUACGACUACAACGGCCCUCUUCCGGAUCAGUGA